AUGCCGCAUCUUGAGGUCUUACCAGAUGAAGUCGCAGAAGCCCAGCAACAUGUUUUGGAACUGCAGCAGAUGAUGGAGGAAAAGCCAGAGAGUCUGGUGGUGGAGCUGCUACAUGUCGCAGCAUACCGAGACAACACCUUGGGCCAUGCCUUGUAUGCCACAGAAGAGGAUUUACCCCUCUGCACACCGGAGAACAUCAAGAAGUUCAUUGCCGAGGAGUGCACACCGGACCGGCUCACUGUGGUAGGAGUGAAUGUGGACUUCCAGGAGUUGUGCAAAUGGACCGCGCGCAGUUUUGCAGAGCAGGGCCGGGAGAGCUCAGAAUUGUCGAAACCACUGGGGUCGAAGUCUCCUGUGGUCAACGGAGUGAAUCUCAUUGACCCGCUGGGCCUGUAUUGGAUCAGUUUCAGUCGUCAUGAUCAAGAACUUGGAGAGAUUUUGCUUAUCCCAGCCAUGCCGAUGGUCAAUAUGGGGCAUACCAGCAUGUUUGUGCCUCUGAAUUUCAUUUCCAAAGCGAGACAAUACACAGGGCACCAUGCGAACCAGCUCACCAAUCAGCUCACGGAUUUUGCGUGCAGGCAGACAGCCGCAGCAUGCGGGGCUAUGCACGAAAUCCGACACCACAAACUCAAGCAUGAGGAGGUCGGUGGAGCCGAGUGCUAUACCCAGAGCUGCAACUCCCUGCGCGCGGCACAUUUGCUCCUAAGCGCCAACGACACCACCUUACUCAAGGUGUACCACGGUUGUGGUACUGAACUUCAACAAGGUGGCGUCUUGAGCUUAGUGGUGACAACAAGGGACAUGGGCACCCUGGCCGUCUUCUUGCGCAUCCUGAUUCGAGGCAGCCCUGAGGUCGUGCAGCCAGCCAAAUACACCGGUGGUGAGAUUCGGAUGGCACGGUUG